UUUAUAAAAUUGUAGGGAUGAGGUGAAAGGUGUCAAUUAUUGUGAUGGUUUGAAAGUUGGAAAUACUGUUGAUUUUGAUGUGAGAAUUGAACUUACAGAAUGUCCAAAAAAUAUGAGUAUGUGGUCAAAGAGAGUUGAAAUAUCUCCUGUUGGCUUAAGUGAAUAUGUUCUGUUGGAUAUUGAUUUGCUAUGUGAGUGUGAUUGUGAAAAGCCAGAAAAUGAGGAAGUCCUGAGUUCUGAAUGUAGUAAUAGUGGGACUUAUGAGUGUGGCAUUUGCAGUUGUGAACCAAAUUAUUUUGGAAGAAAGUGUGAAUGCCAAGGUGAUGAUAUAGUUAAAGAAGACAAAUUAGCAUCAUGUAAAAGGGAAGAAAAUGGUACUUUAUGCUCUGGCCGUGGUGACUGUGUUUGUGGUGUAUGCGACUGUUAUGCCGGACCGAGCAACGAAUUGAAAAUUUAUGGUGAAUUCUGUGAAUGUGAUACAUUUUCUUGUGAAAGAGACUCUAAUGGCUUGGUGUGUGGUGGUGAAGGUAAAGGAGAAUGUUGUGGUGAAUGUAUAUGCAAUCCUGGUUGGACAGGACCUGCAUGUGAAUGCAAAACAAGCAAUGAUACUUGCAUUUCACCUGUAGAUAAAGAAAAUGGAAGAUUUUGUAGUGGACGGGGAGAAUGUAUAUGUGGAGAAUGUCAGUGCUUCAGGGAUAAUGAGCGUGGAUUCUUUGGUGGUCCAUUCUGUGAGGAUUGUAGUUUUCAAACGUGUGAAGGUAGAUGUACCGAAUUUCGUGAUUGUGUUCAGUGUAAAGUGUUUGAAACAGCUUUAUUAACUCCAGAAGAAUGUGAGAAUUGCACUUUAAGUCCAAAAAUUGUUGAUGAUAUAGAAGACAUUUUUCCUAAUGAAAGAAAAUGCAUAUUUAAGGAUGAGGAAGAUUGCUCCUUCACAUUUGUGUAUGGUUAUGAUGAUAAUAAUAAACCUGUGAUUCGAGUUUUAAAAACAAGAGAGUGUCCAUCUAAGGAACCUGUGUUGUGGAUAGCAUUGGGAGUGACUGCUGGAGUGUUUUUCAUCGGUUUAAUUGCUUUGCUAGUUGUAAAAUUAUAUUUCCACAUCAAAGAUGCUAGAGCUUUUAACGAAUGGAAUAAAGAAGUUAAAGAGACAAAAUUGCCCGAGGAAAUAAAUCCUUUAUAUAGAGAAGCUGUUUCAGAGUAUCGCAAUCCAACUUAUAAAAUCAAUCAGUGAUUUAUUCCCAAAUAAUUUUGUAUCUAGUCUAAGAGCAGUGAGUAUUAGUUUUAGGUUAGUCAGAAGUGAUUAACAUUUUAAUAAUCUUUCUUCAGAAUAAUUUCUUGGUAGUUAGUAAUAAUUUUUUAUAAUUAUGUUAAAUUUUUUUAUAAGUUCAUCUUUUGAUAUAUUGAACUGACAAAGUGCUGCUAUUUGUCAAACAACAGUUAACUAUAUUUUAUGGAUAUUUUUUCCCCUGUCUCAACACUAAUACAUUUAUUACUUAAAAGGUAUUGAGCACUAGGAAUUAUUUUUCAUAUUCACUGUGUUCAUGUUGUUUAAGAAAUUAUUUUCAUGUUAUAUGUUCCGUUGCUUUUGUAUUUUAUAGUCUCAUCAAAACCUGUGUUUGUUAUAUAAAUUUCAAAGUAUUCAGCUACAACUGUAGAACUUUUUUUGUUUUCUUUUUUAGUGAUAAGUUGUUUAUAUAUCAGGCAUAAAUACGAUGUAGAGUUGAUUGCAUAGAGAAGUGGUCUCAAACUAGUGGCCUGUUCAUACAUUUCAAUGAUGUAGUUGUUGCAAAUAUUUCAAGAGUUUAGCUAGUUGAAGUCUGAGUUUACAUUAGUUUCAUUAUCAUUAAAAACAAACAUGAAUAAUGCACAAAAUCUAAUAGUGGGUUACAAAUCUUAUUCGGAGAUUUGAAGAUGCAGAUUUUAUUAAUUUUUAUUCAUGCUUGUCAAAAAAUAAAUAAGCUAAGUUAUGAAUUUUAGCACUAAGAAUAAUCGCUUUGUUCGGGAAUACAUUUACUGUAUGUGAACAGCUUUUUUUCACAAUUGAAAAUAAUAAGAAAACAUGAUUGACCAAUGACCACCUGUAAUCCAUUAUGAAGAUAACUGAAGUUAAUUUAGUAAUUUCUGUCUAAGGCUACAAACUUUGUCAAAAUUUAAAAUGCCAUUCAGUGUUAUAGUAAGAAAAAAAAAAGAAGUGUAUAAUAGCUUGAAUAUAUGUAUUUUAUUUAUGCAUCAAAGAAAUAUUUAAUAAAUAAGAGAAACAGACU